AUGCUACUGGAAGUUGGGAUUCCUCAUUCUGACUCACCCUCUAAGGGCAAUGUCUUCGAAAUUGACAGCGAUUCUGAGACAGAUGUUCUCUCUCCUAGGAAAAAAAAGUUGAAGCCAGACCUUCUCAUAGCUGCAUCGCCAAACUUGAGCAAGUUAUUGAAGUCUCCCUCUACCCCCACCUCUAAGUCCAUUACACCUAGAAAGCAGGCGACAAAUAGCUCAACCCGCACACCAUUACAGAACGCAAGAUCAACUCCUGACACCGCUCAUUCCGAAAAAUCUAAAUCAAAUUCACCAGAUGCCGCAAAUGUCCUUGAGACCUCUAGUGAAAUCCCAAGUAGAUCAACAGUGCAACAGUCUUCAUCUCCUGUGCCAUCUUCUCGCGCUAGCCUUGCAAACUCUAUUUCUUCGAAGAGUGAUGAAGGGUCUCAAAAGCCUCACUCUGCUCAUAGUUCAUUUGAUACUGCAUCCUCUUUCGACAGGGCUUUGAAUAAGUUGAAACCCUCUAGUGAUUCAAGCUCUGAUUUUGAAACAAGUUCUCGCGAGAAACAGGACGAAGAUUUGGCAAAACUUUUGGGGGUUGACAUUCAUAGUGUUAAGCCAAAACCCAAAGGUCGCAGGUCUAUCACGCCUCGGAGACCAAUUUACAUUCUGAAAGCAGAACUCAGUCGUCUGAGAGAUGAAGCCAAGAACCAAAGUCAGGUUGAGAUCGAAGAAAUUGAUACCGUCAAUAUCUUGGACGAUGCUAAUCACUCAGACUCAUCGCUUUGUUCUGAUGCCGAUAUCGAGCAACCUAAAAAACCAUUUUCGAGUUCAGUAUUAAAGUUUUUCUUCUACCUUUUGUUAUGGCUCUCAGUUGUUGGUUCAUUGCUUUACACGUAUUGGUUUAGGGAGCAGACCCUUCUAGUUGGCUACUGCGGUCAUGAAAUCAACCAGAGGACCAUUCCAAAAACUGAUAAAUAUCCGAGCGCAUUCAUUCAAUUCGGAGAGUAUUUGGACGACAAUUUCAAACCAAAUUGUGUUGACUGCCCUCAGCAUGCAAGAUGCUUCCCUCACUUAGAGAUCGCUUGCUACGAUGAUUUCAUGCCGUAUGCCCCUUGGUACUAUAGAUAUAUCCCUUUUGUUGAUCCCAAAGCUCAAAAGUGUAUUCCAGACACUAAGAAGGCCGAGAAAAUCGAAAGUAUGAUUGAUAUCUCUCUAGACUUAUUGAGAGCUCGCAACGCAAACAUUAAAUGCGGUAGGUCCUCUCCAGAAGACAUGACUGCUGGCAUUAGCCUUUCUGAUCUCCACGAUCUUUUGUUAUCUUUGAAAGCUCCCUACAUUACGGUAGAAGAAUUCGAGGAACUAUGGGAGCGUUCCGUGGUGGAAUUGGAAAAAGAACCAGAAAUAAUUGUAAGGCAAGUUACCAUUUUUGAUCAUACCAACCAAUCAAGUACGCAUACUAACAUUCAGGUCGGACUUGAGUCUAGUGAGUCUAGUACCCCAGAUAACUCUCACAACGCUGUUGAAACGAAGAACAGCAAGAACAAAGUUUUUCGAUCAACGUCCUUAUCGCACCUCAGUUUCAAGUGUUUGAUGUCUAAUACCAUAGUCUCUAUUCUCAUGAAAUUCAAGAUGGCUGUAUUUAUUGCUGCAUCUAUCUUAUUGGUGUCCUAUGGAGGUUAUUGGAAGUACCAACAAUCGCAGGUAUACGCGCAAAAAAUCGAGACCAUCUACAAGGAAGUUCUCAAUAAGCUUCAAAGGCAAGCACGUUUAGCUCAGGAAUCAUCCGAGCUUCCUGCUUUUAUUGGGUCUAUUCAGCUUAGAGAUUUGAUUCUUAGUAGCGACACAAAUUUAGCAUACAAGAUGCGUCUUUGGGAAGGAAUAAGUCGGAGAGUUGACAAAAACACGAAUGUGAAGUCAGAAUUAUUAGAGGUUCAUGGUGAGGUCAUGAAAGUGUGGCAGUGGAUUGGAAGUAGAGAGUAA